AUGCAAAAAAAACAGGCAGAAUUGCGCGCCUACUACGACAACUUUCCGGAUAUUGAAGAAAUUACGAAUCAAAAGGCGCCAAAUAUACAAAAAGCUGAAGCAUUUACACAAUCUAUAUUAUCUGAAUUACCUUCAGGAAAUGUGACUCAGCGAGAUACAGCAUGCCAUGUUUUAUUCCAUCUACUUGGAAAUGAAAAACAAGACUGUCUCUUUUUUGAUUCUAGACAAGGUGUUAGUCUAAAUGAUGCAUCUGGGAAUUUAGUUGAUCUUAGCUUUCAAGAUAGACCAUUUGUUUUAAAAGUAAGUGAUAUCGAUGGUCUCGGCAAUCAGAAAUUUAAAAAGGAUGCACAAUACGAUAUGAAACUUAUUAAAACAUUGGAUCGUGUGAUUCAACAGAAUCAAGCAGAUCCAAUUAUUGAUGAUUUACUUGAAAGAUUAUCUAAAGCACAUCAUAUUGAUAAAAAGAAAAUUACUUUUAAAAUUGUGUACUGCGGAUCCUUUUGUGUAGUUUAUACCGUCACCGAUUUAGCCACAAAUGUAAUUAGAACACUCACAGGCAUUGAAAGCAAGCUAAGAAAUCAAUUUAAACAAUUUGUAGCUGCAAAAAUUCAUCCACUCUUAUAUCGUCCGUCAUUCGACAUAUCGCAUUUCGACGAGCGUGGAAAUAAAACUUUUACUGGUCAUAUAACCACAUUUGAGGUUGGACCAUUUGGAAGAACGAAAAAUUAUACACAACCAGGUGGUUGGACAAGAUAUGGAUUGAAAGUAUUAGGUAAAUAUAAGAGUGACGAGUGGCUAAAACCGUUUGGACAUCCUGGAAAUUGGUAUAGAGCAUAUCAUGGCACAGGAAAUGCAACAGCUGAUGAUUUUGGUAGUUCUGGAGCUGCAUUUCAUAAGCAAUUUGCACCAGUUGAUGCAGCUGCUAGUAUAUUUGAAAAAGGCUUUCGACCAGCUAGAGUCAACCGUUACGGUGAUGGUGUAUACUGCUCUCCAAAUCCGACUUUUCCGGAAAAGAGCUUUAUUCGUGAAAUUGAAUUAGAUACGAAGCAAGGAAAGAAGACCUUUAAAUGCAUGUUGAUGGUAGCUGUAAAUCCUGAUGGCGUCAAAUUUGCUACCAAUGACAUAUGGGUCGUCAAAUCUCCUGAUAAUAUUCGAACUUAUGGAAUACUCAUAAAAGAAGCUUAA